AUGAAAAUAAUAAUUUUUUUACUUAUAGCUAUUUUAUUUAGUAUAAAUAGAGCUUAACAGUACACUGUUGAUAUUAAUUAAGCAUAUGUAGAUUGUAUUACAGGAUGUUUAGUUUAAGAAUAAACAUGUAAUAAUUUGGCAGAUUGCUCAUCAUAAAAAGCAUAGUAUCAAAAAUGUUCUUUAAGUAAUAGAAACUAUUGCCUUAUUAGUACUCCAUACCAAUGCAAUAAGGUUUGCGUUACAUUUACUCCUACAGCUGAAUUUUAAAGUUAUUUACAAUGUAGACUUAGAUGUUACUUACAAAACUUGUCAAUAUCAAUAUUAUGGAUAAUUAUGAUUAACUUAGUUAUAUAAAAUUUAUGA